AUGCAAAUCUUCAACGCCAGUGCCAUACUCAACGUGGGCCGUCUCACGUACAACCCCAGUCUCUGUUUACCCCACUUGACAGUUGCUUCCUUCGAUAAGCUCCCAAUUCCAUUCAAAAUUCCAGGACAUGAAAAUGCCACUAUCAAAGGCGUAGUGUUAGAUAAAGACAACUGUUUCGCCAAAGACAAGGACGAUAAGGUCUGGCCAGCGUAUAGUGACAUUUGGGCACAGCUUCAGAAGAACUACCCUAAAGAACACUUGCUUAUUGUAUCUAAUUCUGCUGGUACUAACGAUGAUACCAACUAUCAACAAGCAGAGAAGCUAGAGCGUGAUACUGGUGUUACUGUGUUGAGACAUCCUACUAAGAAGCCUGGCUGUCAUGAGGAGAUCAUGGCUUACUUUGCAGAGCAUGGGAUCACCAAAGCUAGCGAGAUUGUGGUUAUUGGUGACCGUUUGUUCACAGAUAUGCUUAUGGCUAAUAUGAUGGGAGCCUGGGGUAUCUGGCUCAGUGAAGGUGUGGAGCUUUCUAAUAAGGUAUGGUGUAAAAUGGAGAGAGGGUUGUAUGAUCGGUUGGUUGUUUCUAGGGAAACUCCUGUGAAGGCUCCUACUCCAGGUGAGACUGAGGAGUCUGAAACGAAGCUUUAG